AUGGAAGACUCCACCGCCUAUCAGUAUUGUGGCUACCCUGGUUUUGGUCUAAGAUGCUCACAUUCUGGAGAGCCAAUACUUGAUCUCCCAAAUAAUGACUCUUGCUAUGUCAGAGACAUAAACUAUACUCCAUCCACCAUCACCCUUGUUGACAUCGAUCUUGCCGAUCAAGAAUGCCCUAGAGCCAAACACAAUAUUAGUCUAGGCACGCUCCCAUUUGAUUAUUCCCCAUUGGAUGUUAAUAUGAGCUUCUACUUCAACUGCAUUUCCUUUCCUGAUCCUCUUCGUGUGCCUCCUAUACCGUGCUUGGGAUCAUAUGAUACCAAUUCCAAUAGGUCUUACGUUUUCAAAGAGGGAGACGAACCAAAAGGGUAUGAUUGGUCGGAAAAUUGUGAGGAAAAAGUGGUGGUGACUGUGAAAGAAACAGAGGAGAUUCCCAGAACUAUUGGUGGGUGGAUUGGUGCAUUUGGAGUGGCCAUGAAGGGAGGGUUCGUGUGA